GGGAGGCAGAAAAUGAUUUAAGUUUAAUAUGAUUUUACAUGAUUGAAGUAACUAAUGCAAUGACGAAAGCCAUCUCAGAAACAAUUUUAUCCGAUAGGUGAGUUUAAGGACUUUUCUACGUCUGGUCACACUGCGGAGAUCUAAAAACGUAAACAUUCAUAAUUAAAGGCAUUCUUAGCCUUUGCUUAAUAAAAUUAUAGCAGUAAUGACAAUUAUAGGCCUUCACUCGUCGCUGAAAGUGUUCGCCUGCUAAAAUGCAAAGUUUCAGCGCCAGCAAAGUCGUUGCUACUCUCCGAGCGGAUGGUCAUGUCUACCCCAUGGAGAACACCAACCUGAUGCACUACGAGAUCCGCACCGAAGGUGAUGUCCAGCAAAAGAAGGGGAUCCUGGUGGGUCCGGCCACAUGCGUUGACCUGGGCAAACAGCUGCUCCAGUGCGCCAGAGACAGCGAUGUGGCGGGGGUCAAGGCGGCGCUAGCGCAUGGAGCUCCCUUCGCUUCCGACUGGCUAGGUAUGUCGGCACUUCACUUUGCCGCCAUGAACAAUCAGCUGGAGAUUUGCGAAAUCCUCCUGCAGGGAGGCAUUAACAUGGACGGCAAGACCAAGGUAGACCGAACGCCGCUCCACCUAGCCUGCUAUUACGGUCACGAGCGGAUAGUCAGUUUGCUGCUGGCGCUAAAGUGCAACGUCAACUCCCGCGACAUGCUUCGCAUGACCCCGCUGCACUGGGCGGUCGAGAAAAGACACAAAGGAAUUGUGCGAUGAUUAUAUAAACUUCUAAAAUGCCAAAUUUCGGUUUACAUUUAACUUUGCGAAAUACAAAUUUAACAAAUUUAUAAAUUUGAAAACUAUUUAAUAAUUUUAAGUUUAAGAGAAAGACCAAUAGCAGAGAAUUUGGAGCAACGCAGUAAAAACGGCUGCUUUAUAAAUCUUAAACUUAUAUAUCAUAUAUAGCAUAUCAUAUCUUCAUCCUUACAAUGGCAAAGUAAAAUGGCGGUGGAAGAAAGAGACGAAGAUAUAUUUUAAUUACUAACAAUCUUCCUAACCAACCCAGAAUAAAAUGGUGGCGGAAGAAAGAGAAGGAAACAUUUUUUGUUCUCUUUAUUUUGUUUGAGAUCAGAAAUGGCCACUCAGAAUUAGAUGGCCGCUCAUGAGCACGAAAGAGAUUGUUAGUCUCUUGUUUUUAACACCAAUAAUAAAAAAAAUAGGAAAUAUUACACACAUGUACUUACUAUUGUUCAUGCGUAUCCAUUUGCUAUCCAUCCCAUAUUUUGCAUUUUUUCGCUUGCUUUUAUUAACAUUUCAAUAAUAUUCACUGAGAAUUUUAAGGGUAGCAUACACAUUCACUUGCACACUCACACACAUGACGCUGAUGAAAGAGGAGUGGAGAAAGCAACAAGCCGAUGCCGUUACCGUUACUUCCUUUUCUUUUCAUACCUCAUAAGCUUUGAAAACUGAACAAAAAUGAGUUGUUCUCUCACAGCGAUAACCCAUUUACGAGGAUGUAUUUUGCACGUGCAACACUGAACUAAAUUAGACCGCUGCACAUUUACUUGAUUACCGCGUCACAAAAUUAGUUUUAGUUUUCUCAUUGCGUGUUGCAAAGCUCGAAACCGCGAACUGUAAAUACGAUAAAGAUAGAGUGUGUGACCGUACUUGAUAUCGAUCAGAAAUAUUCGACAUGUAGAGAUUAUCGAUACCUAUUCCUCCCUUUUGGGAUAUACCAAUAAAUUCUGCUUCGAUUGCCCUA